CAGGCGGGAAUGAAAGGUGAGGUGGCCCUUUGGAACUACAUCUCCCAUCAUGCAUUAAGCCCAGGGUGCGAGGCUCACGCUAAGGCUCGAGAUCUUGGCCGAUGCCCGGGCUCUAGGAAAGAUCCUGGGUGAGCAGCAGGUAACAUGGCCCAGGGCUUGAUUGAAGUGGAGCGAAAGUUUGCUCCAGGCUCUGACACGGAGGAAAGGCUGCAGGAGUUGGGGGCCACCCUGGAACACCGGGUCACCUUUCGAGACACCUACUAUGAUACCUCUGAGUUAAGCCUUAUGCUGUCUGACCACUGGCUCCGACAACGAGAUGGUAGUGGAUGGGAGCUCAAAUGCCCUGGACUAGCCGGCAUCUCAGGACCUCACAACGAGUAUGUGGAACUCACGUCGGAAUCGGCCGUGGUGGCCCGGCUCUUUGAACUGCUGGGGGCGGAGGCGCAGGGGCCUGCAGGCGUGGCGGCAGUCCUGGGUAAGCUAAAGCUGCAGGGAGUAGCUAGUUUUGUCACUACACGAAGUUCGUGGAAGCUGGCCUUAGCCCAUGAGCAGGAGCCGCUGCUCAGAGUGGACCUGGAUUCGACAGACUUCGGCUACGCUGUGGGUGAGGUAGAGGUCGUGGUGCACCAGAAGGCCGAAGUACCAGCCGCCCUGGAGAAGAUCGCCAGCGUCUGUAACAUGCUUGGAGUCCCAGCGCAGGAGAAGGCACCUGCCAAGCUCAUGGUAUACCUACAGCGCUUCAGGCCUCGGGACUAUGAGCACCUGCUAAAAGCAAACAGUCCCAGCGAUGCCACGGGGGAUUCAGAACCCUAA